UGUAGAAAGAGAGUAACAUGUUUCAGCGGCGUUAGAACGUUUCUCUUUCUUUUCUUUCUUUUUUUCUUAUUUUUCUCUUUCUCUCUCUCUCCAUCUUCAUCUCUCUCUUUUUUUUCUCUCUCUCUCCAUUUCCAUUCUCUUCUACCAACACAACCAACUUACUCUCAAUACUUUUCUCUCUCUUGUUGUUUGUUUCUUUUCCAACUUCAUCCCAUGUUUACAUUCACCUAAACACUAUGGUCAUCAACUGUAAUUAAUUGAAACGACUUCAGCUGAUUAUUAACAUUCAAUGGAAAACAUAUAAUAUCCUCUUCCUCUCAUCAUCAUCAUCAUCAUCUUUUUUAUAUCAAUAACGUUUGAAGAUAACAAUACAUACUCAUGGUGAAUUGAAUGAUAAUCAACAUGGAUUUAUGCUCAGAUACAAGUUCACUUGUUAAUCUCAACUCUCAUGAUAAUCUUAUCAUGAAUAUGAAAAGAUAACCAUGUAAUUCAACCGAUUGGAUUAUAUUGUCAAAAAAGUGCUCUUUUCUCAAGUGUCUUUAAUUUUAUUCUCAUCCCUUGUAAUCGUAAUUCUUAAUCUUCAAUGUGAUUCACAAUUUCCAAAUCAAUUCCAAAGUGAUUAUUGCUUGGAUUAUUCACCCACCACCACCAACAACAACAAUGAGAACAAUUAGAAAACAAUUAUCAUUAUUAUCGGUGUUAAAUUCACCAUUACCCUCAUCAUCAUCAUCAUCUUCAUCUAAAUCACCUCCAUCUCCAAUGAUAACUAUUAAAUCAUCAUCAACGUUAAUCACAAUAUUAAUUUACUUUCUAUUGGUCAAUCACAUUAAGCCAAUCCUAUGUGAACCUAAUCGAGAUGGAAAACCUUGUCCGAAUCCAGCAGUACCUUUGUAUUCAUCAGUAAUACUUUCCGAUGAUCUUCAACCAGGCUCAAAAGCGACUUAUACCUGUGAUGAUGGUUACGAACUGUUUGGUCCGUCGGUUCGUACCUGUAAUUUUGACGGCAAAUGGACUGAAGAGUUACCAUAUUGUGCGGUUAACGUAGCAUAUGGUAAACCAAGUGAACAAUCAAGUACCAUUCGUGGAGGUGAAUCAAGAAAUGCCAAUGAUGGUAAUACAAAUACAGUCCAUGAAAACAAGUAUUGCACCGAGACCAAGAAUGAAAAUUCACCUUGGUGGCAAGUUGAUUUACUUCAACCCUACGAGAUCAGAGUAGUUAGGAUAAUAACAAGAGGUUGUUGUGGUCAUCAACCUUUACAUGAUCUUGAAAUAAGAGUUGGAAAUAGUUCAGUUGUUUCUGGAAAUCGUCUUUGUGCCUGGUAUCCGGGAACAUUGGAUGAUGGAGUUACCAAAGAUCUUGAAUGUGCUCAUGCAAUCAGUGGUCGUUAUGUUUACAUUCAAAUGGUUGGUGUUGAAGCUUCAUUGUCACUUUGUGAAGUCCUUGUGUUUACAACCAAAGAAUUUUCUGAGGAUCGAUGUGGAACUCAAAUGGAGCAUCAACAGUUAAUCAGUUUUAAUCAAACGUGUUAUGAAUUCCAGACUCAACAGGGAGGUUCAUUUGCCGAUGCGGAAAAUUAUUGUAAGGCUCGGGGUGGGUUGGUUGUUAAUUCGGUUGGAGAUGUGACACAAAAUUUCCUGCAAUAUGAGUUACAGCGUUUAAAGGCCAAGUUAAAAAGUCGCCUUGUUUGGCUUGGUGCCCGGCGGGAGAUUCCCACCAAUCAGCCGGUUACCCAUCGAAGUCGAUCAAAUAUUUGGCGAUGGGUUAAUGGUGGACUGAUAACACAAUUUUUAUGGGCCGAUGAUCAGCCAAAUAAUUACAAUGGCCAACAGAAUUGUAUCGUUCUUGAUGGUGGACGUAAAUGGCAGUGGAACGAUGUUACCUGUGACCUUGACUAUUUACCUUGGAUAUGUCAAUAUACACCAUCUAAUUGUGGAUCACCGGAUAAGGCGGAAAAUUCAACAAUCAUGGAAAAAGAUUAUCGGGUUGGCCGAGAAAUUCAUUAUCGCUGUCCAAUUGGACAUAUGAUUGUUGGUAAUGAGUCUCGUCUCUGUGAGGUUAACGGCUUUUGGUCUGGUUCACCACCAACUUGUAAAUAUGUUAAUUGUGGUCCAUUGGCUGAUAUUGAACAUGGUCGCGUUUUAUUGGUCAACCAAUCAAGGACCACUUUCAAUGCUACCGCUCGAUAUGUUUGUGAUCAAGAUUACACGAUUGUUGGUAAUGAUUCACGUAUUUGUUUGGGCAACGGUACUUGGUCUGAUGGUGAACCCAAAUGCUUGUACUCGUGGUGUCCAGAAUUAUUACCCAUUCCAAAUGGAUUGCUCAAUGUUACCAAUCGUACUCUUAAUGGUGUUGCAACAUAUUCUUGUCAAAAGGGACACAAACUCAUCUCCAAUGGAACUCGAGUUUGUCAAAUUGGCGGUAAAUGGACUGGAGAAGAGCCGAUUUGUAAAUAUAUCGAUUGUGGAAUGCCCUUGGAACUUAGAUUUGGACGUUCUCAUCUUCUUAACUCGACAACAACUUAUGAAAGUAUCGUUAAGUAUGAAUGUAAUCCUAAUUACAUUCUAAUUGGUAAUGAAAGUCGAACUUGUACCGAAUACGCAACUUGGUCUGGCGUUGAACCGGUUUGUAAAUUGAUCGAUUGUGGAUCACCUGAAAUACCUUCAGGUGCCGAUUUGAUUGGUGAUAGUUUCUCAAUUGAUUCCAUGAUUGAAUAUCAAUGUAAACCAGGUCAUAUGAUGUCCAAUGGUGAAGCUAAGCGAACCUGUGGAUCAGACGGUAAAUGGACUGGUACACCACCUUCGUGUCGGUUUAUUGACUGUGGUCGAGUACAAACUAUUUUCAAAGGUGAAGUUAAAUACAUAAAUGGUACAUCGUUCCUUGGAUCACAAAUUUCAUACUCGUGUUCCAUUGGUUAUAGAGUUAAAGGUUCUACUGUUCGUGAAUGCGCUGCCGACGGUAAAUGGACUGGAGCAACACCUAAAUGUGAAGAGAUUCGUUGCCUUCCACCAGAGAAACCUAAAAAUUCAUCGGUAGUUUAUUCUGGAAAUGACAGGUCAACCUCAGAUUCUUUCAAGGUUGGAUCAACUGUUCAAUACCGAUGUACCUCAGGUCACAUUGUUUCAGGUCAAUCGUUACGAACCUGUGAAGCUGAUGGUAAAUGGGACGGAGUCCCACCAAUAUGUGUUUAUAUUGACUGUGGUCUUCCUGGUUUUAUACCUCAGGGUCGUUGGUUGUUGACCUCAAAUUCAACUCAUUAUGGAUCAACAGUUGAAUACGAAUGUUCAUCCGAUUUUAGACUCGAAGGACCAGCUCGAAGAAUUUGUUUAGAAAAUGGAACUUGGUCAAAUGUAGCACCCGCUUGUUCAUUGGUCAAUUGUGGUAAACCUCCGGUUAGAGAUGAUAGAACUAUUGUCGAUGGAGGAUUGACCUUUGCUGUCGGCGAAAAAGUUACAUAUUCUUGUCUAAAUGGUUAUGAGCUUGUCGGUGAAGAGCAAAGAUCUUGUGCUUCCGAUGGACUUUGGACAAAUGAUACACCUUAUUGUAGAAUUGUCGAUUGUGGUAAACCUCAAAUUCCAAUUAAUGGCCAUGGUACCUUGAUGAAUGGAUCAACAACCUAUGGUUCUCUCGUUAAAUAUCACUGUUUACCCGAUUUUAAGACCAAUGGUGAAGAGACUCGUCGAUGUUUAUCUUCUGGUGUUUGGUCUGGUUCACUUCCACGUUGCUUUGACCGUAAAUUAUUGGACACGGAAGAGAAUGAGAUUAAUGAUUUAACACAAUCUUCAUCAACUAAUCAACCAAUUAUGCAAUCAAAAGCAAUAGGAAUUGGUAUUAGUGUUGCCAUUGGUGUUAUAUUAGUUUUAAUUAUAACGAUAACAAUGGUUUGUCUUAAAACCAAAAAACCAAAGCCCGUUAAGAAUACCGAAAAUGUUGAAAUAACUCGUCCUCCGGACAAAGAUACAGCCACCGUAAUGUCCUACUCUCGUUUAAGUUUAGAGUCGGAAGCAGCAGCAGCGGCAAGUUUACCAGCUUCAGGUCCAAUUCGUCACCAUCCAAAUGGACUUGUCACCUUCAGUGCACCUUCACAAGCCAAUUCAACGGCAAAUAAUAAUCAUUCAAAUAAUCAACCAAUUUAUGCCAAUACAAAUGGCUAUAGAGCAGCAAGUAAUCCGGGAAGUACGGUUUCGGUUGCUGUACGAACCUCACAUGGUCUCUCAAAUGGUACAACCACACCAAGAUUUAUGGCCGCCGCUGCAGCAGCCAAUCGUAAUGGUAACAACAAUAGUGCUACAUUGGACGUGUAACUGUGAUUUUUUUUCUAGCUAAAAAGAAAAGAC